CCGCUAUCCUUGUGUGAUGCAGAGGCGACGCCGAGCGGGUGAAGCUCUUGCCGCGCUCCCGGCUCCAAGCCUCCAAGGCACCCACCACUAAGCCAGAUGAACCUACACCCCGAAGCACUAUCCUAGCACGUUAGACGACGCCGCUUGCUGCCAUGCAGGAGUUCCAGUCCAUCCCUGGCCUCGCCGGGCGGUUGUUCGGCGGGGCGGGGGCCGCUGACCUCGGGCGCGCGCAGGCGCCGCAGGGCCCCGGGGCGCGGUGCGGCGGGGUCUUGCCAGCGGCCGCGGCACCGGAGGCGGUGAAGUGCCCGCGGUGCGAGUCAACCAACACCAAGUUCUGCUACUACAACAACUACAACCUGUCGCAGCCGCGCCACUUCUGCAAGAGUUGCCGCCGGUACUGGACCAAGGGCGGCGUCCUCCGCAACGUCCCAGUGGGCGGCGGCUGUCGCAAGGCUAAGCGCUCCUCCUCCUCCUCGUUGUCUGCCUCAUCGGCGCCGUCCACUCCCACGUCGACUGACGCCAAGAAUCCGCGCCGCUCCUCGGCGUCGUUGCCCCGCUCCAACAGCGGCAGCACCAGCACCACGGUCGCUGCCGCCGCGACGUCGCCUACCGCUCCCGCCACGACGUCGUCGAACAACAUCGACGCCACGAGCCACCACACGAACCCAUUCGCGACAGACGUUGCCCCACCGGCGCCGAUAUUCACCGACCAGGCGGCGGCGCUCGCGUCCCUCUUCGCGCCUCCCCUGCCUCCGCCGCUCUCGGCAUUCAGCUUCACGGCGCAGCCGAAGGAGGAAAGAGUCGCCUCGGUACUGCAGCUCGCAGGACAGGCGGCGCCAGAGGUGCCCACCUCCACCUCUGCUGACAUGAUGCCGUUCGCGCCCCUGGACGCGGGGAUCUUCGAGCUCGGCGACGCGUCCGCGGCGGCGUACUGGAACGCCGGGAGCUGCUGGACGGACGUCCAUGACCCGAGCGUGUACCUACCCUAGCUUGGUUUAGUUACCUAUCACGAUCAUUGGAUUAAGCUGUGGUUAAAUGGUUCUUAAUGACGUAGCUACGUCUACUACUCCAUGUACGUGCUACUGCCUCUGUAACUUUUUCUUCCUCGUAUUUCUUAAUCUGGCUGCACAGGCUGCGUGUAAGAAAGCUAGCCUCUGCGCGUCUACGAGUGAAUCGAUCAUUGUCGCUACAGUGGAAUUGCAAUAUUGAUCUCUUUCUUUUUAGCCUUUA